AUGACUGUACAGCAAGCGCUACAACAUCCAUUUAUAAAGAUGGAAGAGGAACUGCGACUUCGUGGUCAACUCACUCCACAACAGAAAAAGAAGUUCAUGGCGCUUCGGAGAUGGUCUGAUGACCUGCUUCCGAUCGGACGCUUGGCAAAGCGCGGUGCCAUUUUCAGACAGCAAUCUAUGGAUGGCGUAUUUGAGAGAGAUAUCACUUUUGUUAGCCUUCUUCCAGAUAGCGACUACGCUCCAUCUGUGAAAAAACAGCUUGAUGACAUUGUCGCCCAUGUCGGUGAUCUAAUUGCCACCUUAACAUGCGAAAUCGAAGGCAUGCCUCUACCUCGUAUCAUUUGGUAUAAAGAUGGUCAGGAACUGGCUGUGCCGUCUAUCAAAUUCGACUCACAAUUCACUGAUGGAUCUGCUGAGUUGACUGUGAAGAACUUGGAGCAAUCAGAUGCAGGAAAAUAUCGCUGCCAUGCCGCAAAUCAACUUGGCACAGUCUCCACUGAAGCAAAAGUCGUAGUGGAAGAAAAGAAGGAAAAAGAAGAGAAAGCUGAGAAAGACAAAAAGGUGAAAAAGGCCAAAAAGGUAGAUUUUGACGUCGAAAUUUUUUUUUUUGCUUCAGAAGAAGAGAAGGAUGAGAGAGACAAAAAGGCGAAGAAGGCCAAGAAGCCCACAACGGAACAACAGCAGAAAAGUCCUGUGGCGCCCUCAUUUACCUCAACCCUUACUGACUGCUCCACCAAACUCGGUGAAACUCUCACCUUGAAGGUUACAAGCAAAGAGGAGGUGAAAGUGGACUGGUACCAUAAUUCUUCAAAAAUCAGCGAAACUGACCAGAAUUACCUUCAAAAACAUGAAAAGGACAGCUAUGAGCUUACUAUCCGGAAUGUGAACGUAUAUGAUGAAGGAGAGUGGAGGGUCAUGGGAAGAAAUGCAGUAGGUGAUUGCGAAAGCUCGUGUUCAGUGGCCGUAGAGAUCCCCGAGGGAUACAUGGCACCAACCUUCGAGCAAAACCUGGAGGAUAUCAAAUGUGAAGAGCAAGAGCUUCUAACAUUGACUGUUAAGAUCGCUGCUAAUCCAGUUCCUGAAAUUAUAUGGUAUUGCGAGGACAAGGAAAUAAAACAUUCGGACCGUUACCGUAUAUUGUUUGAUGACGAGAAGCGCGAGUACUCCUUGAUCAUCGUUAAUGCGUAUGCUGAAGACAGCGGAGAGUACAAGUGAGC